AUGUCAUACCAAUUAGGUCCACAACAAGAGUCGCAGCAGCAAGGGGCUUACGAUGUGUACAAUACGUAUAACCAUAGCAAUGGGGGGUACGGGUACGGCCAGCAACCUUAUACUCAACCACCACAUCAGCAGCAAUAUAAUGUGAUACAUUCUCAAUCGCAAACUUCAUCACCAGCGAGUUCUCCUCAAGCAGUGCCAGCGACGGUAUAUCACCAGGAUGGCAUCGCACGCACUCAGACGUGGGUCUCGAAUCAACAACCUAAUGGGUCACCCCCGCCGGUGGCUAAGACCUUCUCCGGCGAAUGGGCGAGUUCGCACGACAAUACGUUUGACUACCGAACACCGAGGGGCUAUUCUCCAACGAUGCCACCACGACCCCGGAAGGAGGAUCAGAGAAUAUGCGGCAUCAGGCGGAACACAUUCUUCAUUGUUUUAGCCAUCGGGUUAUUUUUGCUAGUCGUUGCCAUCGCAGCCGGUCUUGGUGUUGGUCUGGGGACGAGAAAAAGUAGCUCCGUCGCCGUCUCUGCCACCGAAAGUUCAAGUGCCGUCUCGUCAUCUUCAUCCUCGUCAGUAUCGCCGACGUCCACUACGCCAACGUCGACGACACCAUCAUCCACCAAGGUAUCGCCGACGCCAAGCUUCACGGGAACCUUAAUACCUGGCCCUGUGAUCUGCCCGCAGAAUAAUAACACGGUGUAUGUAUCACGGGGCAGUUCUAAGCCGUUCAACGUGCAGUGCGGACGCGAUUAUAACUCAGACGGUGGCGCGGAAGACUUGGCGCAUAUGUAUGAAGCCAGCAUGUCUCAGUGUAUCGACGCCUGCGGUGACCAUCCGGGAUGCGUCGGUGUAGGCUGGGGUAAUUAUGAGGGCUCGACCGAGUGCUGGCUAAAAAGUAAGCUCGGUAAGCCUAACUCGAGUCCUAAUUGGUAUUUCGCGCAGUUACAAGAUAUGGACCUUGCUGGGUCUUAA